AGCCAGUCCGAGCCCACUGCUACCGAGAUUUGAAAUUGGCUCGAAACUUCUGUCAUUUUAACAUGAACGUUAGAUGACGCUGCUUGUAAUUUUUCCCAGAAUUUUCAACUGUGGGUAUAGGGUAAGUUAACAUUGCAGCACUGUGUUGAGGACUCGUAAGAUAAUCAUACUGUACAACAAAACCAAACAAACUAAACAUAAGUUUGUGUAACACCCCGUAUAAUAGUUAAGUAAGAACUAUUAGGUCAAAUUGGAAAUUUAUAACUGUCAUGUCAAAUGGUAGAAAUUCGUGUGUGUGAAAUUAUGACCAUGUUCUUCAAAUAAUUAUUUUUGUAAUUAAUAUUGAACUGCAACUAUAGUUAACCGGUAUGGCGUUAUGCUUGAAAUUAGUGACAUGCAAGGCAUUUAACACUAACACAUUUUUCAAUCAACUAAGACUUUGCAAUUCCAUUCCUGUUUCUGUGGAGCAAUGUUCACAGCUUUCGACAUCAAUAAAGCACAAUUAUUACACAGCGAGGGAACCACAAAACAACCCUCUUCAAAUAAAUGAAUAUUGUCAACAUUUUGAAUCUAGUUCAAUAGAUUAUGAUGCAACAACAGUUGCACGGUGGAAAAAUAUGGUACUGCCGUCAGCUUAUGUAAUUCGAAACGACCCAAACAGAAACUAUCAAUUUCAUAAGCCCGUUAUAAGAUAUAGUACCAAAAUACAACCUAAAUUAGAACAAGUUUUGGAAUCAGAUACGAAAGCUACACCUGUUGAUAAUAAUCCCGAUUCGAAUAAUAAGCCAUCUCCUGAGAAGUUGGCUCAUGUAUAUAAAGUAUUAUCUGAAACGCUACCAAAAAUUUUUAUCAACAGUUUAAAUUAUGACAUCUAUCAUUCAAACAUUAUUUUUGAAAAUAAUAUAUUAGGUAAAAGAACUGUAGGUUUGUAUGAAUAUAUUAAGCAAGUCGCUCUAUUGCGUACAGUUGGACAUUUCAAAUAUGCUUAUGUGACUUUUAACAUUUUAAAGAUUACUAAACAUCCCGAAGAUUCUACUAUAAAAGUACGCUGGACGAUUAGAGGGAUUUCGGGUCUUAAAGUCAUGUUUCUAUUUUGGAAAUAUAAACUGUGGAAUUAUAAGGAGAUGCUUAACAAAACUGAAACAUGGUAUGAUGGUUUCUCAACAUUUUAUGUUAAUGGCGAUGGAAAAAUCAUAAAACAUAUUGCAGAUAAGAUGAUGCCAGAUAUGGAUCGGGAACAAGCUUCUGAUAGGGUUACUCCAAUAGAUGCUGCAAAGUUAGCGUUAAUUGUUGGUAUAAUUCCUAGGUUUGCUGACAUUAAUUGUAUAUUAUGAGUAAAUGUACCUUAGCACAUUAAUUUAUUGCAGUUUUAUUUUGUAAGUAUUAGUUGAUGUUUCUUAAUUUAUAUGUAAUAGUUCUGAGCAAUUGGUUAGCCAACAUUGUGAUACAUAAAUUAUCUUUAUGUACAU